UGCACUGAUGCACACACACACACACAACAGAACAAAUCCACCUCUCCACCUUUCCUCAGUGCCCAUUUUCUUUUUUUUUUUUUACUAGAAAACCAAUCAAUUAAAAAAAUAUCAAUCCAACAUACAUUCCCAAAUAAAAUCCCCUCCCUCCACUCCAUACCUCCCUCCUAAAAUUCUCCCCAAAAAAUCAUCACACAAUACCACUUUUCUUCUUUUUCACUCUGUCUUUCUUGCCAAAGAUUAUAGCUUUUUUUUAGCUGCUAUGGCAUUUCCUUUUUGCUCAAAAUCUCUUUCUUUAUGGUGUUGUAUCUUCUCCUUCACAAUACUAUGUUGUACCCUGUUCCAGUUUUUCGAUAAUGCUUCCGCGGUUUUGUUGGUACACUUGAAGAACCACAAGAGCCAUCCAUACCAUAGAAGGCCUAUGCUUCAAGCAAACCAGACUUCAUGUUCUCUGUUUGUGGGCAGUUGGGUUGUGGAUGAAACUUAUCCUCUUUACUCCUCUUCCUGUCCUGUCAUCGACCCAGAAUUCAACUGCCUAAUGUAUGGCCGCCCGGAUACUGAAUAUCUCAAAUACCGCUGGAAACCAGCCAAUUGUGAUAUCCCCAGAUUCAAUGGGCUUAAUUUCCUGCUGAAAAUGAGAGGGAAGACUGUGAUGUUUGUAGGAGAUUCAUUGGGUCGCAACCAAUGGCAAUCCUUGAUUUGUAUGAUUGCAGCAGCUGUCCCAGGAUCCCCAACUCAAUAUGUCAGAGGUGACCCUCUGUCAACAUUUAGGUUCUUGGAGUACAGUGUGUCUGUCUCAUUUUACAGAGCUCCAUAUCUUGUGGACAUAGAUUCUGUACAAGGCAAAAGAGUGUUGAAAUUGGAUGACAUAAGAGGAAAUGCAAAUGCAUGGAGAAAUGUGGAUGUUCUUUCAUUUAAUACAGGCCAUUGGUGGACUCACAAAGGAGGUCUUCAAGGGUGGGAUUAUAUGGAAAUGGAUGGAAGUUUUUACCAAGAUAUGGAUAGAUUGGCUGCACUUGAAAGAGGUUUAACCACAUGGGCUAGAUGGGUGGACUCCAAUAUUGACACCACUAGGACCAGAGUCUUCUUCCAGGGCAUAUCUCCUACACAUUAUAACCCCAGUGAUUGGAGUGCUGGUACUACAGCAACAUCAUCAUCCAAAACCUGUUAUGGUCAAACCACUCCAAUGACAGGGACAAGCUAUCCAGGCAUCUACCCUGAUCAAAUGAAGGUGAUCGAUACAGUGAUCCGCGAAAUGAGCUACCCCCCAUUCUUGCUCGAUAUUACACUGCUUUCGGCUAUGAGGAAAGAUGCCCAUCCUUCGAUUUACAGUGGCGACCUUACCCCCGAGCAAAGAGCAAACCCGGAUCAUUCAGCUGACUGUAGCCAUUGGUGCCUCCCCGGCUUGCCUGAUACUUGGAAUCAACUAUUCUACACUGCCAUGCUCUUCUCCUUAUAAUUAAACCCUUCACUCUUAAUUAUAUUUUACUUCUUCAUAUUAUGGGGGGUGGGAAUUGAUUCAUUCCAAGAGAUCUUAGUGAAAUAUUUAUAGGUGAUCAAGAGAGGAGAGGCUCGAAAAGUUAAAGCUGUUCUUCCUCUCUUGUAUGUAAAAUAUUAGUGAAAUUCAUUAAUCAGUUACAGUACGUGAUUAGACAAAGUGAAAAAUAUGUAUUGGGCCGAAAAAAUUGGUUCCUCUGUGAAAUUAAAUUCAAGAUUCUCAUCAUCGCUUAUUUAUAAUGGUUGCCAAGGAUAAAACCGAAAACUGUAGUCGUAUUAUGGCACAGUGAAAAAUAGGAAAGGAUCCUGAUUAUGGUAGUGG